AUGUCCCAUUUGCUCCGCCAGAACGGCUCUCCCGCUGUUCUCCCACAGCAACCUGCUCUGAACCCAAUCAACCAAAAGAGGCAGAUGCAGCAGUUCUACCUCCACAAGCUGUUUGAUCUCGAGCUGGACAUCGAGUUUCUCCCUCUCAUCCCUCAGGACCCGGUGGUUACGGCCAUUCAGAUGCACGAGACUAUGGCAAUGCAAAAAGCUCAAUUCGGUGGAUUGGCUCAAGGAAUAAGCCCCGUACUCAACAGACAAGACGCCAUUACCUUGUAUAACCAAGCACCGCAGCGUGCUAGGCCACACAGCGGCCAUUUUUUGCAUCAGCAUUUGUUUGGCGGGAAAAGAGCCAACUACGUUCAGAAUCGCAGCCACUGA